AUGUUGCGAGAUAACACCCCUAAUGAACGAAUUGUUCAACUUGAAGCUAAUGGUGGUGUCAUGGAAAAUGGAUGUACAACACCAAAUUUUCUUCCAGGUUUUAAUCUUGAAUGUUAUCCAAAUCAAGAUAGUACAAAAUAUAUUGAUUCGUUACAACUUGAUACUGUACAUACAAUACUUCGAGGAACUUUAAGAUAUAAAGGUUUUUGUUCAAAUACACUUGGAUUAAUUCGUCUUGGUUUACUUAGUGAUAAACCGCAUCCAAGUUUACAAUUUACUGAUAAUCUUACGUGGAAAGAAUUUAUGUGUGAUUUAUUAAAUUUGAAACGUGAUACAUCAGUAAACACAAUUCGAUCUGUUGUUCUUCAACAAUUAAAAAAUGAAAGUCAAUUAGAAACUAUUGAUCAACUUGGUCUUCUCUCAGAAGAUAUUCUUGUUGAAAAACGUUCAAAUCCACUUGAUACAUUAAGUAAUUGGUUAGCUAAACGUUUAUCUUAUGGACCCAAUGAACGUGACAUUGUUAUUCUCCAUCAUGAAGUCGGUGUUACAUGGCCAUCAGUAUCACGAGAAGAAAACGAAUUAAAAACAAUAGAAAUGGUUAUUUAUGGUGAUCAAAAAUACACUGCUAUGGCAAAAAUAGUUGGUUUACCAACUGCUAUUGUUACUCGAAUGCUUGUUGACAAUGAAAUUUCUGAUCGUGGUGUUGUUAAACCAGUUAAACGUACGAUUUACCAGUCAAUUUUACAUGAACUUAAACGGGAAGGAAUUUCAUGGACUGAAAAAACAAUUAAAAAAUAA